GAAGUGACGCAAGAGUAACGAUGGCGGCUCGUACUGCUGUACCGUAUUGGCUUUAAACUGUUUUGAGCGGCGAGAAACUGUUCGCGUUUUCUUUCAGCGUCCACUAAAGCGUCAGGAAAACGCAUACUGAUGUCUUAAUGUUGCAGCCGAUGGACAGUCAGGCUUCUCUUUGCAUUUGGGACAGCGGAAACAUUUGUCCGACACUCCGGCGGUACAUUUAGCCAGUCGGUUUGACCAUCAUAGCCAACGAGCGUUUGAGGACUUAACCGAACCUGACAGAAACAAAAAACUACCUCGGAUAUUUACUAAGUGAUAUUUUACACACGCACUUUUUAAUCGCUGCACUUUUACGUUUAUUUUAACGCCAACGAACAGCUCCGGUGUGUGAAGUUGUUAAUGGUUGGCAGGCGCUGGUUCCCACAGGUGUGUGUGUAGUACCCAGUGUCAUUUUUUUAUUUUAUUAAAACACGCCUCACAGACUCUGGUGUUAUGGUUGACAUGCUAAAGACGCGCCAGUGUCUACUUGGCGUGCGCACUUUCCUUGGCGUCACGUCAAGAAUUUGGAGCUUCUUCUUAUACAUCCUCAGGAAGCACAUCAGGACGAUAAUCCAAUAUCAGACAGUGCGAUAUGACAUUUUACCAUUGUCACCCAUCUCCAGAAACAGACUCAACACCGUAAAGCGAAAGAUCUUGGUUUUAGAUCUUGACGAGACGUUGAUUCAUUCGCAUCACGAUGGAGUUCUUAGACCAACAGUACGGCCUGGCACGCCACCGGAUUUUAUCCUAAAAGUGGUAAUAGACAAACAUCCAGUUAGAUUCUUUGUACAUAAAAGGCCGCAUGUUGACUUCUUCUUGGAGGUGGUCAGCCAGUGGUAUGAAUUAGUAGUGUUCACUGCUAGUAUGGAGAUCUAUGGCUGUGCAGUAGCUGAUAAGCUAGACAACAACAAGGGAAUCUUGAAAAGAAGAUACUACAGACAGCACUGUACACUGGAUUCAGGUAGUUAUAUUAAAGAUCUGUCAGUAGUACAUGAUGACUUAUCAAGUGUAGUGAUUCUUGACAACUCACCAGGAGCAUAUCGAAGUCAUCCAGAUAAUGCAAUACCUAUAAAGUCAUGGUUUAGUGACCCUAGUGACACAGCACUUCUUAACCUUCUGCCCAUGCUGGAUGCAUUAAGAUUCACAGCAGAUGUUCGAUCCGUCCUGAGCCGAAAUCUCCACCAGCAUCGACUUUGGUGAUCAGCUGGCCGUGGGAUAUCUUGAAGCUUUUUUUUUCUUUCUCUAUCAACUGCUUCCCAAUCUGACAUCUGCCUGUCGAGUCUCCUUCAAGACUGAACCGUCGCUUUCAAGCAACACCCUUACUUUAAGGGCUGCCAGUAAUGAGGGAGUCAAUCAGACGUCAACAACAUCGAAAGACGAACUUUGAGGCGUCGGGAAGCUUUAUUGCCUAGAUUUUCCCCUUCUUCAAACUGAGUUUCUGCCUUACAGCUCAAUCUAUGCUGAUCGUGUGCGUGUAUGAGGACGCCUCCUGUUUUUCUUUUAAAAUAAUUGACGAUAUGGAGUGGCAGGGUACUGAGGCAAGAAAAACAGACUUUUUUGUAAAUGCUUCCUCAAGCCUAGCUUUGGACAUCAUACCUCACUUCAACAGGUGGUGUGAACAGACCGGCUAAUUUGAAGCCCCUCAGAAUUAGCCACCAACACUGCACGUCUUGUGGAGUUCACUGGAAUCGCUGUUGAUAAAAAUGAAUCCCAACAGCUCUGUAGAUUUCAGGAAUAUGAUUGUUAUUGAGGUACAGUCUUGGAAGACAUGGGUUUUAAUGACUUAUGUAUGGUAGACCAAUCCCUAUUUGGAUGUGGGGGAAAAUUGUUGUAAACUUUUCUCCAUUAUCUGCAGCAAAUUAUUUUAUGUUUUAUUCUUUUAUUCUGGGCCGUUGAUAAAUUUAUCAUGAUUAUCAGGGAGGAUAUAUUACAAUAUGAGCUUCGGAUAUGUGGACUGACUUGAUUUUAAGACUUUCUGCUUUACAGAAUGUAUGUGGUUGAUUUCUGAAAUCCUACCACUUGGAAGCCUUUUUACAAAUGUUUUUUUUUCUUUCCUGGAAAUGUAAUAAUGGCAAGACUUGAAUUUAUAAAACUUGUACUUCAUUGUAUUGAACAGCUGUCUGAGAAAACAAACACCCUUUUUACUCAA